AUGAGCGGGUCUUUGCCACCUCAAAAAGAGUUUCUUGUGCGCAGAAGCCUGCAUUUUCCUGCUUUCUUGGCUCGCUUCGGGGGACCUGAAGGCUCAACGGUCCAGGUCACAGCUCCACCAUCAGCGCAGGAAAGCCCCCAGAGGGCAUCAUGGUCCUUUAAUGCCCGGCCAGCCAAUCAAGGUCUCUGCAGCCUCCAGGGUCGGCCCACAGCGAGGUUCCCCCGUGGUGGCUAUGGAAACGGAGGCAAGCGGGCUCCGCAGAGAAGAGCCUUGAGGGGAUUGGUGGAGAGAGAGAGGCGCGGCCGGAACAGGCGGGGCCAAGACGGUCUGUUAAUACGCCACAGCCGCAUCCUCGCGGGCUCUCCGUGUCGUCCCGGGCGCGCGUUCGGAACCGUCUCGGUUCCGCUCCGAGUCCGGCCUCCUCUUCCGCCGCCGCCCCUGCCAGGGCCCGAGCUCUGCUCCCCCGGGAAGGCAGCUCUGCCUUCUGACAGCCUGAUCCCUAACCAGAAGGGAAACAUGGCCCCCGUGCUCCUGACUGCCAGGACCCACCAGGUGAGUGGCAGCGUGCCCUCUCCAGCAAUGCCAUCUCAGCGCUUGGAAUCGGUGACAUUCAGGGAUGUUGCUGUGGAAUUCACCCGGACAGAGUGGCGGCACCUGACCCCCUCUCAGAAGGAGUUGUACAGAGAUGUGAUGUUAGAAAACUAUGGGAAUCUGGUCCACCUGGGACUUGCAGUUUCCAAGCCAUAUGUGAUCUCCCAGUUGGAACGAAGGGAAGCACCCUGGACACCAGGAGGGAUCCAGAGAAGUAGCUGUCCAGAUUGGGAGGCUACACCAGAAACCAAGCAGUCACUUCCGAAGCUGGGCGUUUCAGUUAAAGAUUUAUCCCAGGAAAGAGGCACAAAGAAGAAUCUCUGUUUAUCCACAUUAAAAAAAGCCUGGAAUUGUGAUGCCACAUUAGAGGGGCAUCAGAGCAAUGAGGACAAAUGUUGUCGAAAAGAAAAAAUAACCAAAAAGAAACCUACAAAUAAAUCUAGAAGCCACAAAUAUAAUAAAUGUUAUAGAAGCUUCACUCGAAGGCACAUUUUUUUGGCUCAACAGAUACCUCUAAAAACAAACCUUUGUAAACAUGAGGCCCAAAGAAAGGGCAUGAAACAAUCUAAAAAACUAAGGAACUGUAAGAAAACAUAUUCAGAGAAGAUAUCUUCCAAGUAUAGUGAAUAUGGGAGAUGCUUUAAGUAUAAUUUAUACCUUAAUGAAAACCUUAGGUUACAAAAUGGAGAAAAGCGUUAUCAGUGUAAUGAAUGUGAUAAAGCCUUCAGCCAAAGGGUCAGUCUUAUUCAACAUUAUAGAAUUCAUACUGGAGAGAAACCUUAUGAAUGUGAUGCAUGUGGGAAGACUUUCCGACAGAGCACUGGACUUACGCAACACCAGACAAUUCAUACGGGAGAGAAAUAUUAUGAAUGUAAUGAGUGUAAAAAAGCCUUUCGCCUGAGAUCACAACUUAUUCAACAUUAUAGAAUUCAUACUGGAGAAAAACCUUAUGAAUGCAAUGAGUGUGGGAAGACAUUCCAACUUAAUCAGCAUAAUAAAAUUCAUACUGGAAAGAAACCUUACAAAUGUAAUGACUGUGGAAAGGUCUUCCGGCUCAGUUCGCAACUUAUUCAGCAUCAGACAAUGCACAGUGGAGAGAAGCCUUAUGAAUGUAAUCAGUGUGGGAAAGCUUUCCGCCAAAGCACGGGACUUACACAGCAUCAGACAAUCCAUACUGGAGAGAAAUGUUACAAGUGUGAUGAAAUAGAACUUACUCAGCAUCAUAAUAUUCAUACUGGAAAGAAACCUUACAGGUGUAAUGAAUGUGGAAAGGUCUUCCGCCUCAGUUCACAGCUUAUUCGCCAUCAGACAAUCCAUAGCGGGGAGAAGCCUUAUGAAUGUAGUCAGUGUGGUAAGGCUUUCCGCCAGAGCGCAGGACUUACUCAACACCAGACAAUCCAUACUGGAGAGAAGCAUUAUGAGUGUAGUGAGUGUAAAAAGGCAUUCCGCCUGAGAUCACAACUUAUUCAACAUUAUAGAAUUCAUUCUGGGGAAAAACCUUAUGAAUGCAGUAAAUGUGGGAAGGCUUUCCGCCAGAACUCACAGCUAACUCAGCAUCAGACUGUUCAUACUGGAGAGAAACCUUAUGAAUGUAAUGAGUGUGGAAAGUCCUUCCGCCUAAGAAUAGAACUUACUCAGCAUAAUAAAAUUCAUACUGGAAAAAAAUCUUAUGGGUGCAAUGAAUGUGGAAAGGCCUUCCACCUAAAUUCACAGCUUAUUCAACAUGAGACAAUCCAUAGUGGAGAGAAGCCUUAUGAAUGUAAUGAAUGUGGGAAGACCUUCCGUAAGAGUGCAUACCUUACUCAACAUCAGAAAAUUCAUACUGGAGAAAAACGUUUUAAGUGUAAUGAAUGUGGAAAAACCUUUGUUCAGAGGGCAGUUCUCACUCAACAUUAUAGAAUUCAUACUGGUGAAAAACCUUAUGAAUGUAAUGAAUGUGGGAAGGCCUUCCGCCAGAGCACAGGACUUGCUCAACAUCAGGCAGUUCAUACUGGAAAGAAACAGUAUGAAUGUAAUGAAUGUGAGAGUGCUUUUAGUCAGAGGGCAGAUCUUAUUCGACAUCAUAGAAUUCAUACUGGUGAGAAACCUUAUGAAUGUAAUGAGUGUGGGAAAGCCUUCCGUCUGAGUACACAGCUUACUCGACAUCAUAGAAUUCAUACUGGAAAGAAACCUUAUGAAUGUAAUGAAUGUGGGAAGGCUUUUCGCUUAAGGACACGUCUUAAUGAACAUCAGACAGUUCAUACUGGUGAAAAACGCUUUGAAUGUAGUGAGUGUGGGAAGGCCUUCCGCCAAAAGACACAUCUUACUGAACAUCUGUCAAUUCACAGUGGCGAGAAACCAUUUGAAUGUAAUGAAUGUGGGAAGGCAUUCCGCUUGAGAACACAGCUUACUCAACAUCACAUAAUUCAUACUGGGGAGAAACCAUAUGAAUGUAAUGUAUGUGGGAAGGCAUUUAGUCAAAGGACAGAACGAAAUAGGCAUCAUAGAAUUCAUACUGGAGAGAAACGUUAUGAAUGUAAUGAAUGUGGGAGGGCCUUCCGCUUGAGCACACACCUUACACGGCAUAAGAGAAUUCAUACUGGUGAGAAACCUUAUGAAUGUAAUGAAUGUGAGAUGGCCUUCCGCCUGAGGGCACAGCUUACUCAUCAUCAGAGAAUUCAUACUGGAAAGAACAUUUAGGAGAGUUAUCAUUGAGGAAAUGGUGGCCUCCAGAACAAAUACAUCAUUUAAUACUAAAUAAAGAAAACUUGUCUAUGAAAUGACAUAAAUAUGAAAUGACUUUUAGCAACAGCACAGGACUUAGGAAAUGCCGAGUAAUAAAU